UCGCUGCCCCAGCUCAACGAGGCAGCUUACGAGGGAGGCCGGGGCUCCACCAGCAAGUUCUCCUUCAAAAGCUCCUCCAACCGCUUCUCCAAAACGCAGCAGGCCUACGGGCUAGAGUCUGGGUUUUGCACCAUCCCUCGCGUCCCUCGAGCAGAGAAGGCCCAAGAGAACACCCUUCCUGGGGAAGAAGAGCUGAAGCACUCGGACUCCCUGCUCUCCUUCCGCCUGGACCUGGGCCCCUCCCUCAUGAGUGAGCUCCUCCAGGUGAUGAGCUUCUCUGAAACCAACGGGACCGAGGUGGCAGAGGACAGCCCGGACCCCCCAUGCAGCGAGGGGACCAAAAAUGGGGUCCUUGCAGCAGCGGGUGCUUCCCACAGAGAGGACAAGUCAACGCUCAGCUUCUGGGAUGGCACAGGGCAGGGCAGCCUGUCUGGGGCCAGCUCGCUGCCGGGACUGGCGCCGCGUGCCAACGGGGAGGCACACGCCAUCCAGGGUGCCGAAGAGGACUCUGCCUGGGCUCUGGGGCAGAGGGAGGCUCCCUGGCAAGGGCACUGGAACGACUGCACCAUCGAGGCCGGGGAGUUUGAGAGGGCUGCCCAGGUCCUGGCCAGGCACUACGGUGGGACCAGCACCCCCAGGAGCUCGGAGAAGGGGGAGGGUCCCCGGCAGGCCCGGACGCAGACCCUCUGGGAGAGCCCCAGCAGCAGCUCUUGGCGGUCGCAAGUGACAGGGGAGAGAAGGUCCCCCGAGGCCACCUGGAACCAAGAAGAGGAGGAGGAGGAGGAGUCCAAGUGCUACAGCCUGCGGGAGGGGUAUGGUGGUGCCCGGGGGACUCGCAGCAAUUCCUUCGAGUACGCCGAUGAUGAAGAGGAGGAUGAUGAAGUCAAGGUGUGA